AUGGCGCGCCACGUGCUCCCGCUGGUGUUGCUACUUGUGGCUCUUGUGGUGCGACUCAUUUUGUCUGCACCUGUCCCUGAUCCAGACUCUGAACAGAGCAAUAUAUCUGAAGUGCUAAAGGUGCAACAUUCCAUCUUCAGCGGCCUGGGCCCCAACCCGUGCCGCAAGAAAUGCUACAAAAGGGAUUUCUUGGGUCGAUGUCGCCUGAAUUUCACAUGUAUGUUUGGAUGAGGCAGGCCUGAUUAUUCUAAAGCACACCCAUGCUGGUCUCUUCUACCUUCCACCCUUCCAUCUCAGCUGCACCCCGGGCUACGCAGCACCCGACGCUGUCUCUCGACCAUUUUGUCCCUUCUCUGACACAUUUACUGUAGGUUUUAUCAUCAACUGGCACAGCAUGUUCGUACACAGUUGCUGGUCUAUGUUGCUUAGGCGAAAUGUAACAUAAGUGUAUAGUUCCUAAUCUCUCUCUCUCUCUCUCUCUCUCUCUCUCUCUCUCUCUCUCUCUCUCUCUCUCUCUCUCUCUC